AUGGCCGCCACUGAGCUAGACAACGUGAGCGCAAUGCUCGAGUGGCAGUUCAAGACGAUUUGGGAUACCUACGGUCGAGGCGAUCACGAUGAUGCCGAGCAGAUGGCCGCAGAGCUUUUGAUGGAGCCCAGACUGAGCGAUUUCCACCAGGCCGGCAUGCAUCUGCUGCUCUCCAUGUCUCCCAUUGACUACAUUCAUCACGGCAACGAGGCUGUUCGUCUUUAUCAAUCUGUCCUCAACGAGACCAUCGAGAUGUCGCCCAAGCAGCGGGCCACCAUCGAGCGCAUGCUGAAUGAUGCGAAGAUCUCUUUGGAGCAGGGACGUGCCGACAAGGCCGCCAUCUUGAGGAACAUUGAGAAACUGAUCGCUUCGGGAAAGACGAUGAAAGAUCUCCAAGACGAGAACAUCAGGGAGAUGCAUGCACAGCUCGAACUUGAUCUUGUUGCGGCCGGUUCGCGCUCCGAUGCGCAUGACACCGAAAAGGCUCCGGUAGCGGAUCGCGAGGCCAUUCGACCCAGCACGAGUCUGCCAGAAACGGUAUCUCAGAGCACUGGAGUGGGCCGAUCUCAGUCCACUGCUCUUACUGAGAUCGACAUCGACUUCGACGACAACUCAUCCCUCCCCGACAUCAACCAGAAGUAG